CUUUUACCUUACAGGCAACUCAACAAAGGCUACCGCAGCUGCUGGGGGAGUAUUACAUCCAGCGCUGGUCUCUGUUAGAAGGGGAAUUGGCUCUACAGUUUCCACCGCACACACAUCAAGGUACUGAGGAACAAUGACAGACACAGUGAUUGGAAACUCUUCUAACCGUUGGAUGUGUCCCAAUGACAGACAAAAGGGUCUUCGAUCCAAACAUGAUGCUGGCUGGUCUGUACACCCAGCAAAUCAGGGUGAGCGGCAAAGAAAAGAAGACCUAACUGAUGAAGAGAAAGAAAUUAUCAACCGAGUUAUAGCAAGAGCUUCCAAAAUGGAGGAGAUGGAGCAAGAACGAAUUGGGCGUUUGGUGGAUCGGUUAGAGGAUAUGAGGAAGACAGUGACUGGUGAUGGUGUUAAUCGCUGCAUUCUUUGUGGGGAGCAACUGGGAUCAAAGUGUGCUGUUUGUGAAGACUGCAAAAAGAAUGUAUGCACAAAGUGUGGAGUACAAACCAACAGUCGUCCUCACUCUAUCUGGCUCUGCAAAAUAUGUAGUGAGCAGCGUGAGGUGUGGAAAAGAUCUGGGGCAUGGUUCUUCAAGGGCUUUCCUAAACAUGUACUUCCACAACCAAUGACAGUGAGCAAACAAAAAACCCAGAAUCCUCCAAGUGGCCCAACCGCAGCAGAAGCUCCAGCUCCAGAACAAAAACGCUACCCUCGUAGCCGAGGUCACGCAGAGAUUACAACCCAACCGGAACCUGAAUCCUACGGUGAUGAUUCAACUACUGUACAACCCAACAGAGGAAACUGCCCUCCUCCAACUCGUAAGCAAUCCGAGUCACGAAUGACAGUGAGCGGUGGGGAUUAUGGUGGAAAUGACCAAGAUGGAAAAGACUACACUUACAGCACUGCAGAUAAUGAAAGCAACAGAAGUCCUGGAGGUGCCAGGCGUACCAACGUGGGUCCAAAUGCAAGACCUGCUGCUCCUGCAAAUCAAAGUCCUAAUGUACAGUCUACUCAGCAAGCUCCUCCAGCAAGUGGCAGAUCAGCACCAAGACCAGCUCCAGCCGGCAGAUUUCCAGAAGGGCAAGGUGGUCCCCCGGCUCCUGCUUCUCAGCCUCCUGAACAACCUUACCCACCUACAGCAUCUUCUAGGGAAGAUAAACCCAGUGGAUACACAGCACAAGGUGUUAGAGAGGACAGACCACUCCGCCAAACCUUAUCAUACUCUGCUGCUGUGCCUUCAACAGUCACGGCGGCUCCUGCUCGGCAGUCACAACCACAGGAAGACGAGGAGGAGGAAGCUAACAGCUAUGACUCUGAUGAAGCAACUACAUUGGGAGCUUUGGAAUUCAGUCUUUUAUUUGAUCAAGCCAAUAGCUCUCUUCAGUGCACCAUCAUAAAAGCUAAGGGACUAAAACCAAUGGACUCAAACGGUUUAGCUGACCCAUAUGUGAAGCUGCAUCUUCUGCCUGGAGCCAGUAAGGCAAACAAACUGCGCACUAAAACUCUCAGAAACACCCGCAAUCCAAUGUGGAAUGAGACCCUGGUAUAUCAUGGAAUCACAGAUGAAGAAUUACAGAGAAAGACAUUAAGAAUUUCUGUUUGCGAUGAGGACAAAUUUGGUCACAACGAAUUUAUUGGCGAGACAAGAUUUUCCUUGAAGAAGCUAAAACCAAAUGUGAAAAAGAAUUUCAAUGUUUGCCUGGAGCGCGUUAUUCCGAUGAAACGUGCUGGAACUACAGGAUCAGUUAGAGGCAUGGCUCUUUAUGAAGAUGAGACAGAUCGUGGAGGAGAUGUAGAAGACCGAGGAAAGAUCCUGGUGUCUCUCCUAUACAGUACUCAACAAGGAGGACUGAUUGUUGGAAUUGUACGCUGUGUUCACUUGGCAGCAAUGGAUGCUAAUGGCUACUCUGAUCCAUUUGUCAAACUUUGGCUGAAACCUGAAGGAGGCAAAAAGUCCAAGCAAAAGACUCAAAUAAAAAAAAAGACUCUCAAUCCAGAAUUUAAUGAGGAAUUCUUCUUCGAUAUAAAACACAGUGAUCUGGCAAAGAAGCAGCUAGAUGUAUCAGUCUGGGACUAUGAUAUUGGGAAGUCUAAUGAUUAUAUAGGUGGUUGUCAGCUGGGCAUCAAUGCCAAAGGAGAACGCUUGAAACACUGGUAUGAGUGCCUGAAGAAUAAAGAUAAGAAGAUUGAGCGCUGGCAUGUUCUACAGAACGAAAACCAUGUAGCAAGUGAUUAA